AUGGAGGUGAUUUCCACGGUGAUGAUGAUGAUGCUCUGGGGGUCUUCGCAUCCCCCCACGCUGGAGCAGCACCCCUAUGAGUACUGUGAGCCAAGCACCAUGCCUGGGGACCUGGGCUUGGGUCUGCGCAUGGUGUAGGGCGUGGUGCAUGUCUACACCCGCAGGGAACCCGAUGAGCACUGCCUGGAGGUGGAGCUGCCGUACCCUGACCUGCAGGAAUUUGUGGCAGACGUCAAUGUGCUUAUGGCUCUGAUCAUCAACGGUCCCAUAAAGUCCUUCUGCUAUCGCCGGCUCCAAUACCUGAGCUCCAAGUUCCAGAUGCAUGUGCUGCUCAAUGAGAUGAAGGAGCUGGCCGCCCAGAAGAAGGUGCCACACCGGGAUUUCUACAACAUCCGCAAGGUGGACACACACAUCCAUGCCUCGUCCUGCAUGAACCAGAAGCACCUGCUGCGUUUCAUCAAGCGUGCGAUGAAGCGACACCUGGAGGAGAUCGUGCAUGUGGAGCAGGGCCGAGAGCAGACGCUGCGGGAGGUUUCUGAGAGCAUGAAUCUCACUGCGUAUGACCUGAGUGUGGACACGCUGGACAUGCACGCGGACAGGAACACCUUCCAUCGAUUUGACAAGUUCAAUGCCAAAUACAACCCCACUGGGGAGUCUGUCCUCCGAGAGAUCUUCAUCAAGACCGACAACAGGGUUUCUGGAAAGUACUUUGCCCACAUUAUCAAGGAGGUGAUGUCAGAUCUGGAGGAGAGCAAAUACCAGAAGGCAGAGCUGCGGCUCUCCAUCUAUGGGCGUUCGAGGGAUGAGUGGGACAAGCUGGCAUGCUGGGCUGUGAAGCACCGAGUCCACUCUCCCAACAUGCGCUGGCUCGUGCAAGUGCCUCGCCUCUUUGACGUGUACCGUACCAAGGGCCAGCUGGCCAACUUCCAGGAGAUGCUGGAGAACAUCUUCCUGCCGCUCUUCGAGGCCACCGUGCACCCUGCCAGCCACCCGGAGCUGCACCUGUUCUUGGAGCACGUGGAUGGCUUUGACAGCGUGGAUGAUGAGUCUAAGCCCGAGAAUCACGUCUUCAACCUGGAGAGCCCUCUCCCCGAAGCGUGGGUGGAGGAGGACAACCCACCCUACGCCUACUACCUGUACUACACCUUUGCCAACAUGGCCACGCUGAACCACCUGCGCAGGCAGAGGGGCUUUCACACGUUUGUGCUGAGGCCACACUGUGGGGAAGCUGGGCCCAUCCACCACCUGUUGUCGGCCUUCAUGCUGGCCGAGAACAUUUCUCACGGGUUGCUUCUGCGCAAGGUCCCAGUGCUGCAGUACCUGUAUUACCUGGCGAUUGGCAUCGCCAUGUCUUCGCUCAGCAACAACAGUCUUUUCCUCAGCUACCACCGGAACCCGCUACCCGAGGACCUGUCCCGUGGUCUCAUGGUCUCUCUGUCCACCGAUGAUCCCCUGCAGUUCCACUUCACCAAGGAGCCACUGAUGGAGGAGUACAGCAUUGCGACCCAGGUGUGGAAGCUCAGCUCCUGCGACAUGUGUGAGCUGGCCCGGAACAGCGUGCUCAUGAGCGGCUUCUCCCACAAGGUGAAGAGCCACUGGCUGGGACCCAACUAUACCAAGGAGGGCCCUGAGGGCAAUGAUAUCCGCCGCACCAACGUGCCGGACAUCCGAGUGGGCUACCGCUAUGAGACUCUGUGCCAGGAGUUGGCGCUCAUCACACAGGCCGUCCAGAGUGAGAUGCUGGAGACCAUCCCCGAGGAGAGCGGGGUCACAACAAGCCCAGGGCCUCAGUGA